AUGCUGAAGAGGAAGUUCCUAGGGACAUUUCUUACAAAGUGGAGGAUGCCAAGUAUUGAGAUGCUAACAUGUGCAACAUACAGCUGCAAUGGGUGGGCUCUCAUCGGUCGAAGCCAAGAAGAAGAAAGCAUCCCCAAAGACGUUCCUAAAGGCCACAUGGUAGUCUACGUAGGCAAUGAGCACAAGAGGUUUGUCAUUCGAGUCACGUACCUCCACCACCCCUUGUUUCAGGCAUUGCUUGAUAGAGCUGAGGAAGAGUAUGAUUUUAGCCCAGAUUCUAAGCUCUGCAUACCAUGCGAGGAAGAUCUCUUCCUCAGCAUUCUUCACUGCGUUAGUUUGCAGAAGGAACCUAGAAUGUGGUUAUGCCUUUGA